UUCGUACUCGUUUUAAUCAAACCUUUGAUUAUUGAGGCAAAAAACCCAAUCAUAAAUAGUAAUUAAAACAUCAAAUAAUAUUUGUUGAAACAAUCAAGUUGAUUUAACUACAAUUUAGAAAUUAAAAUGAUUGGUAAAACUUUAAUUGCUCUGUUGAUUGUUACCAUAAUUGGUUCAGUCCACUCAGAUAUCCUUUUAUCUGGACCAUGUCCAUCAGUUCCGGUUCCUGAUGACUUUUCAUGGGAUAAGAUUCAAGGAUCUUGGUACGUAAUUAAAUCAACCACAGACUCUAAAGGUGAAUACGACUACUGUCCAGUUGAUAAAUAUCGAGUAUUGGACAAUAAUACAAUUACUUAUACAAAUCAAUUUAGUUUAGAAGGUUACUUACGUGGUCAAGGUGGACCUGGUUUAGUUGACCCUUCACAAAAAAAUAAGAUUUCAAUCAGAUUCAGACCAAAGGCUUCAAGUUUUGAUCGUUACAUUGCCGCCACUGAUUACAAGACUUAUAUUGCUGUUUUUGGCUGUAAACCAAAGGGAUCUAAACAACAUGAAGUAUAUGGACGAAUCUUAUCCAAAGAGCUAAAUGCUCCAGCCGAAUCUAAAUUAGCCGCUUAUUUGGCCCUUCAAAAUUUGGGAAUUCCAGCUACAACUCUGAUAAAUGCUGACCAAGACUGUGAAUUUAAUCCUUCGAUAUUGUGAAAAAAUAUGUUAUCGUGAUUACAAUAAACUGAUUUUCAAUACUCAUAA